AUGGAAUCUACUAUUACCACCUUAAUAAGGAGGUAUGAAAGAUUCUUCUCUUUGAGGAAUGAGUCCUUAACAGACACUCAUACCCGUUUUAAUGCUUUGGUUAAUGAUCUAGCUGUUGUUGGUAUUACCAAGAAAAAUGAAGUUUUGAAAAGCAAGUUUUUAGAUUCAUUACCACCAAAGUGGAACAAUUAUAUUUCUUUUGUAAAACUAUGUUCUGUGUAUCAUGAUCUUGAUCUCCCUGGACUUUUUGGUUUACUCCAUAAUCAAGAAUGUUCAGAGGCUGAAAAGCUGAUUGCUAUGGGUGAUUCUUAUAGUCAGGCUCCUACUGCACUUGUUGCAUCCAUGACUGAACACCCUAGUUCAAUAUCCAAUGAGAUCAUUCCCUGUAUCAAUGAAUCGUGUUCUGUGAUUUCUAACAUUGAAUCCGUUUGUUUUGAAUAUGAAGUUGAAGAAUCCGAUGGUGAUAAGUUAGCCAAUGAAGUGGCUAUGUUGGCUGAUAGGAUAAGAAGGAGAUCCUUUGGAAAGUUUAAAGGAAAAGAUCUAAGGAGUCUGUGCAAGCUGGGUCAUCCAAAGGUGGAAGAAAUGAAAAAUACUCCAAGCUCAAGACAAACAAAAAAAGCUCUCAAAGCACAAGUUGCUGAGCUGAGUAAGAAUGCUGAGAAAGAUGAGACGAGUCUGAUAGCCAAAGAUUGGGCUGAAAGUGAUACUUCUUCAGAAGAUGAAGAGUACACAAAUGAGAAGUGCCUUAUGGCCAAAGAGAAGUUUGCUGAAGAUCUCACAAGAUUGCUUGGUGAUGAGGUACUUUUGCAAAAACAUUUUAAUCAAGAACAUAAGAAAGAAAUUUCUAUGUUUAAACAAGAACUACACUUAAAGAAUUUCACCAUUGAAAAGUUAGAAUCUGAAAUUAAAAAUAAAAAACAACUAAACUCAAUUGUGGUCACUGAAGCUAAAAUGUCAGAAGAGAAGUUUUUGAAAAUCAAACAGAUAACUGAGUCAUGGUGUAUUGGUUCUAAAAGAGAUGCAAAGUGUGUUAACAUUCAAGUUCCUCAUCAAGUACAAGUUGUUUUUGAUGGUGACUAUGAUAGAGCUAUUGCUAUCAGUGAAGUCUGUGCCAUGGAACCUUGUUAUCAGCCUCCUUCUCCUCCUAAGGUUCAAACUAAAGGAAAGAGUUCUCAACCAAUCAGAUUGGUUCAGAAGUCUGGUAUUGGUUUUAAAGAUCCUGAUGUUAUUGGUCAAACCAUUGUAGAAGCUGUGUCUGAAUCAGAUAAGAAAAAUAAAAGAAAAGUUAGAGAUCAUAGCAUUCCAAAAGGGAAGAACAAAGUUUUAAAAAAUGAGAAGUCUGAUUCAAAAGGAAAUGUCUUACCAACAAAAUCUGUGUCCAAUUCAAACCACCUCGAGUCUGACUCUGACAAAAUAAUUGUCAAGUAUGUUGAGUCCAGAAAAGGUGAGAUUUCAAAUGAUAAUAGCUUACUGGCUGAAGUGUCUGAUCCUAAAAUUGUUGAUCAAAGCAAAUUAAGGUCUGAAUCAAAGAAAUCUGGUAUUGGAAAAGGUUUUGUUAAAAGGGAAACUCUUAUUGUUGCUAAAAAGAAUUUCAAAUCUGGAAAGGGUCAGAUUAGGAAACAGUGGGUUUCAAAAUGUGAUAAGAAUGGCUAUCACGAUGCACAUACCUGGCACUUGGACAGUGGGUGUUCCAAGCAUUUGACCGGAUGUAAGUCCCUGCUAUGUAGCUUUAGGACAAGCGCUGGUCCUAGUGUUACAUUUAGAGAUGAUUCCCAAGGAAGAACUAAAGGAUUUGGCAAUUUUGUCAAAUGGCCCCUUACUUUUAGAAGAGUGUCUUAUGUGAAUGGCUUGAAGCACAAUCUGAUAAGUGUGAGUCAAUUGUGUGAUGCUGGCUAUGAAGUAAGAUUCCGAGCUGAUUAG